UAACAUUAACAGCAACAACAAUAAUAAAUUCAGUACCUGCAAGGCUGUAACCCAUACACACCCAAAAAGGUGAGGCCAUAGGGUGUCGUUUCGAUUCCUUGUAAGCUGUUACUGCUUCGUCUGUCGGAGAAUAAUUUUAGAACCCCGGUAAACAUUUCAACAGGCUUUGUUUCCACGGAUGAUUAGGUGAGACCAUGGCGGACUUACCGGGCUAUAUGCGUGCCUGUUUGCAUACUGGCAAGCUUGCUUUCCUGGCCAUUUUGGUUUCUGGAGGAAUUGUGUUGCAAAUUUUGGCAUGUGCCUUGUACAAUAAUUGGUGGCCGAUGCUAACCGUAAUAAUGUAUGUGCCUCUUCCAAUGCCCUUGCUGUUCUUUGUGGGCUCCGAUAGCUCCUCGCUUCUUACAGAAUCUGAUAGUGGUUGGGUCAACGCAACGAAGUUCCUGACCGGAGCAUCAGUAAUUGGAAGCAUUGCAAUACCAGUUGUCUUAAAGCAUGCUGGUGUUAUUGGCUGGGGAGCUCUAGCAAUGGAGCUUUCAUCAUUCCUUGUUUUUGUGAUUGCCAUAAUGUGUUACAUAGGCACGAGUGAUGAAGCUGAUUACAGCAUGCUCUAAGAUACGGCCACUUGAUUCAUGUGUAAAAAAGUGUUGAUUCUAGUGCUUUCCAGGACAUUUCUUUCUUGUCACAGCGAGACUCACCUUGUUAUACGUUACUGUUUAGCAAACACGGUGUUCUAAUUGAAUGAUAUUUUCUGUACAUGAUGAGUGCCUUUACUGUGUUAGCACAAUAUUUAAAUUU